AUGGAGUACUUGACAGUGGCCGUAGUAAACACACGGUAUUUGACGGCGCCUAUUAUCGUUAGUCAAACGAUCGGACGCAGCGGACCAUCAGCAGCAACAGUGAUUACCGCAGACUUCCUGUCUACAUGUACAGAUUGCGCCAUCAUACUGCGAACGACCUUAGCCAAUCAACCAUCCGGAGAGCCAAGUUCCGAACGAGUUGUGGAGAAUAGAAGGGGAACGCACACGGCAGAAAGCUUGUUUCUAGCAUGUGGCCUGUCAGCCCUAAUUGCCCUAGUGAUAGGCUCAUUUGUCACAUAUCGUGUCACUCGUGCUCGUGUUCUUGCUGAAGCUCAUCACUCGGCAAGUUCGACAAGCGGCUCGGACUAUGAUAGCUUUGGUCGAGCGCGAUUAACAAGGCAUGAUUCUCUAACGACGGCAGCGAAAAUCGAACACGUCUAUGGUGGACCGCCAAAGACUAGCGUUGAUGCCUCAUCACUAGUGCUGACGAUGCCGCCAGCGAUGACGAUGAGCCAACACGGUUCUGGUGUGAAUACUCCA